GUUUACUGAGUCCAUAAGCAACUUGAUAGAUGACAAGAACUCUGGUAGUUGGAAUGCAUUAACACAAACUAGUAGUAAAGUGGCUGAGAAAAUGUUAAGUUCUGUGGACACACUUAGUAAUGCAAUGGCAAAACGAGUAAAUUCUUCAGGAAUUAGUUUACCGGCAGUUGUCAAACCUAACAUAGCGCUGCACGUGAAAGCAGUGUCAUCAAACAAUUUUGUUUUCCCUGGUUCUGAUGCAGUAGAGGGGACCAGUAGUGAUAACUGGAUACGAGCAACUAAAAGUCAAAUUGAUUUUAACACAACUUCUUUUGGAGGAGCAUCUCAGCAAUCAGUAGUAUCAGCUGCAAUAUAUAAAGAUAUUUCAAAUAUAUUGCCGAAUAAAAGUAAUAACGAGCAGCUCAAUGGUCAAGUUCUGUCAUUUUCUACAUUACCUCCAUUAAGUGGCACUAUUGAUCCGCCAAUCACAAUGUCAUUUAAUCAGACUAAUGAACAAUUGACAAGAGCGACAUGCAGUUUUUGGAAAUUCGGAAAUAGUGGAUCAGGUGCCUGGGCAACUGAAGGAUGCACUGGUAGAUCUAUCAGUAAAGGUUUGACAGAAUGCAAAUGCAGUCAUACAACAAAUUUUGCCGUUAUUCUAAGUUUGCAAGAUUGUGGAGGAUUUGGUUCCCUUGCCAAUGGUGAGAUUGACAACUCUGCUGGCACAAAGUACAAAGCAACGGCAAAGUUCAGAUGCAAUGCUGGAUAUGCUAUUAAUGGUGCUAAUACAAGCACGUGUUUAUAUAAUGGCUCCUGGAGCUCACCUGUUCCAUCUUGCUCUGUUAAAGAUUGUGGUAAUCUCAGUAAUCCAUUAAACGGUAAUGUAUUAACACCUGAAGGAACGACAUUUGACAACGAAGCAGUAUACAGUUGUGACAACGGAUAUAAUUUAAAUGGCACAGAAACCCGUCUUUGUUUAUUAAAUGGAUCAUGGUCUUCCACUGCCCCGACAUGUAUGAAAGAAGUACAAACACCUAAAACUUGUAAGCAGAAUGUAGACAGUAGAGGACUAACUUGGCCAGAAACAAUAUCUGGAAAUCCUCAGAAUAAACGUUGCCAAAGCGGAUUUACAGGUUCAAUAUCUAGAACAUGUGGUGCUGGCGGAGUGUGGAACUUGCCGCAAUAUAAUUGUGUUCGUGAUUCGAUAGUAAAAGUUAAUGAAAAGGUAUCAACGCUAAGCAAAAAUGCAACCGGGGAUGAAGUCAAUACUGUCUUGGAGGAAAUUUUAAAAGUGACAACAGUAAAUGAAACAACUGAUAACAACACGACUUUAACUGAUGGCGAAUUAAGUGUUCUAUCUUCAUCGCUUGAGACAGUAGCGGAUGUGUUGGCAAAUUCUUCUGGAAUCAUAAAUGAAAACAUUACUAAUGAAUUCCUAGAAAUUGCGAGUAAUCUUGUCGAUGAUUCCAAUCAGGAGAGUUGGAAGUCUCUUUCUCAGUCGGAGAACAAUGAUGAGUCAGCAAGGGUGCUAAAAGCAGUUGAUUCUUUGGCUGUGGUCCUGAGUAAUUCCAUUGAGGAUGGUCCCGAAAAUGGCACCCUAAUCGUGAAGAAAAAUAUUGCGAUUGAUGUAAAGAAAGUUUCUAACAAAGGUGUAUCAUUUCCGGAUCCAGACAAAACAGUGUCGGACAAAGAUGAUGCAAACGCCGACUGGUUUAAACAGGCCAGGAGCAGUUUACGCUUAGAAGCAGCCGCUUUGAAAAAUACAUCAGUGCAAUACGCUACAACAGCCGUCAUGUAUAGAGAUUUGUCGAAAAUCUUGCCAAACAAACGAAACAAUACAAAUAACAAUGCGGAGGAUACUGAUGAUGUUAUAAAUGCACCCAUUCUUUCGUUGACAAUUUCACCACCAGUGUCGGAUAAAUUGGACCCACCACUCCAAUUGAAUUUUACUCAUGACAUGACUAAUUUCUCCAAUCCAUUGUGUUCGUAUUGGGCAUUUCCAAAUGGUAAAAUUGGACAAGGCUUUUGGUCAUCAGAAGGGUGUAUUGUGAAAACUACAAAUACUAACUACACAAUUUGUCAGUGUGACCAUCUGACCAACUUUGCUGUUUUGAUGAGCCCUUUUGUAGAGGCAGAUGCAGCAUCCAAAGCACUCCGAAUAAUUUCUAUGACCGGUAUCGGGAUCUCAAUAGUUUGUUUAACUGUUACCCUUAUCGUUCACAUUUUCUUUUGGAAGUAUCUGCGGAAUGAUCGCACCACUGCCUUGGUAAAUUUGUGUGUAGCCCUUUUACUUUCCUACAUUCUAUUUUUGGCGGGAGUCGACAGGACCGAAAGUAGUGUCGCAUGUGCUGUUAUUGCUGCUGUGUUACAGUAUAUAUAUUUGGUUGUGUUCUGCAUUAUGCUGGUGGAAGGCAUUGAAAUAGCUAUCACUGUACUAUAUGUGUUCAAAACAAAGUCAAGAAUAAGAAUCAUGCUUAUAUUUGCUUGGGUGAUACCUGCCAUUAUUGUGGGAAUUUCUCUCGGUGCUACACAAGCUAAAGGCUAUGGCAACGACAAUUUUUGCUGGCUGUCUGUUGAAAAUGGCUUGAUUUGGUCCUUUGUUGGGCCUGCAUUAGGUAUAAUUACUUUCAAUGGAAUAUGCUUAAUUAUUGUGAUUCGCAUAAUGUUCAAAACUAAAGCCAUGGAGACGAAGACAGUUUCGGAAAAAAUAAAAACAAGCUUCCGGUCAUUAUGUGUGCUAGUUCCUGUUAUGGGAGUGUCCUGGAUUCUAGGAAUAUUCUACGUGAAUGAUAGCUUUUACUUCAUUCAGUAUAUUUUUGCAAUACUAAAUGGACUUCAGGGAUUUUUUAUAUUUUUAUUUCAUUGCCUUCUAAAUGAACAGGUAAAGAAAGCUAUUCAGCUUAGAAACAGAAGGAGAUCAUCGGUUAAAGAAACGUUGAAAAGCACGUUGAGGAGUACUUCGAAAGAUGAAAGGAAGUCGAAAGACCUUAAAGAAUCAAGGAAAUCAUUUAUUGAUAGUGGCGAUUUUACUACUCGAAAUGACAGUGAUGGUUGGAAAGAUAAGAUAAUUAAUACUCAAUACCCGUCGCCGGAUGUGAAGUUUGCAACGCCGCUGGGAUUUUAUGGAAAUGGUAGACGAGCAGCUACAUUUUCUGUUGAAUCACGUGACAAAUUAACUGGUCAUGUUUCAAAAUCAGCCUCAAACGCCUCACAGAAAUCCAGUGGUCAUUUAGAGGCUAAUUUAUUUUCUGCAAGACUUUGAUAAUGAAGACACAUGAUUCAAUGUAAACCACUAUAAGAUGAAAAAAGUUUAGUGUUAUAACGUGUGUAUCUGUUUUGAUGUUGCUUUUUUAUCUAUAUAAACAAAAAAGGUCAAAUGUGUCAGUUUAAAACAUUAUCAAUAUCCUUGUUGUUGCUUAGUGCAUUUAGUUAUCCAUAUUAUUUAAAUUGUGCGAGUAUUAAUGUUUUCCUCAAUUGUUAUCAAAAGCCAAAAAUUAUUGUGCUGUAAAAAGUGGCCCAUAACCAAAUUACCUCCAAUUAUUCUUGCAAACUUUGCAUUGGGAAAGUUCUGCUCAUAGCCGAGGCAUCGGCAUCAAAGUGCCUGGUUAAAGGUUUUUUGUGAUUAUAAAGAUUAUCAUCUAUUUUACUCUUUACAAGAUGUAAACGAUUCAUAUAUAUCAAACUUUAUAAAGUUGUACACAUACAGUUCAAAAUCAUCAAUAUUUCAAUUUCAGAGAACAAUAACCAAUAUAGUAGCCACAUUAUUACUCUCCUGUUAGAACUUCCGUCCGUAACACUUUCGUGUCCGCUCUAUAACUGUUAAACCGUUGAUUUUCUUUUUAAAAAUAACUUGGCACAAGUGAGUACCAUUAUGAGAUGAUGUGCAGAGCCAACUAAUUUGGCUGCUACCCCCAAGGUCAAGGUCACAGUUAAAGGUCCAGUGUUUAAAAGUCUACAUUACAUGUCCGCUCCAUACAUCUUAAACCGCUGAUUUUUUAAAAAAGAACUUGGUACAAGUGAUCACCAUUAUGAGACGUUGUGCAGAGCGCAAUAAUUGAGUAACUAACCCAAGGUCAAGUUCACACUUGAAUGUCAAGUGUUAAAAGUGUACAUUUUGUAUCCGCUUUACCACUUUAAAACCGCUGAAAUGUUUUUGAAAUAACUUGGCACAUAUGAUCAUCUUAAUGAGACGAUGUGCAGAACGCAAUAUUUGGGUUGCUAUACCUGAGCUCAAAAUCACACUUAAAGGUCAAGUGUUAAAAAUCUACAUUUUAUGUCCGCUCCAUAACUUUUAACUGCUAAAAAAUUUUGAAUGAUCACUAUUAUGAGACGAUGUGCGGAGCGCCAUAAUUGGUUUGCUUACCUUAAGGUCAAGGUCACACUUAAAGGUCAAAUGUUAAAAGGUGCAUUUCGUGUCUACUUAUAACAUUUAAAUCGCCGCAAUAUGUUUAAAAUUACUUGGUAAAAAUCAUCACCAUUAUGACACGAUGUGCAGUACCCAACAUCCAGGUUGCUACACCAAAUUCAAUGUUCAAUAUUCUCCAUAACGUUUUGACUUUCUGGAAUGUUUCAAAUAACUUGGCACAAAUAAUUACUAUCAAGAUCAUGGUUUGUUACAAGACAAGAAGUACACAUUCAUGUCCGCUAAGGAAAGGGAUUUAGCUGUCCGUCAGACUGCCUUGUAUCACCUUGUUAUUAAUAUGGCGAUUAAGAAAAAAAUGUUUUGUGUAAAUCAUAUCUAUUUUUCCUCAUACUAAAUUAAAAACUGAAUGUAUUUUUAGCUCGACUAUUCGAUAAGAAUAAGUAGAGCUAUUGUAGUCACCCGAGCGUCGGCGUCAGCGUCGGCGUUGGUGUCCGCAUCGGCGUAACCACUUAUGUUAAAGUUUUUGUAAUACCUCGAAUAUUUUCAAAGUCCAUUGACAUAUGGCUUUGAAACUUUGCACACUUGUUUACCAUCAUGACCCCAACCUGUAGACAGGAGGAGGUAACUGUAUCAAGCAUUUUGACAGAAUUAUGCCCCUUUUUCGACUUAAAAUUUACGUUAAAGUUUUUGUAAUACCUCAAAUAUUUUCAAAGUCCAUUGACAUAUGGCUUUGAAACAAGUUGAAAUUUUAUAGUCUUAUUUGAGAGCAUAAUAGGACUCUCUCUAAGGCAUAUAUCUGUAAUAUGGAUUUAAAGAAAAAUUUUACCCUUUUUUUACGUAGAAAAUUUUACAUUAUCAAGGUAUUUUUACUAUCAAGCACUAAGAAUAGUCGAGCCUUGCUGUCCUACCGACAGCUCUUGUUUGUAUAAUGAUACCUGUUUUGUUUUGUGACUGCGUGCAUUUACGACUAAUCGUAUUAAAACGAUCAUAAAAUGACAUCAUCAGUAUUAUGUUGUUACUCUCAUUUCAUUUUUUCACAUGCUUGAUGUUUUCUGUUGGUAUUUGUUGCUGAUUAAUAUGGUUUUUAGAUGUAUUCUUAUUUUCUGUUCAAUUAACAUUUAGCUGCUACAAGUUAAAUAAUCUCAAUAUACGCUUCUUUGUUGGUCUAAGUAACCUAUCAUGUUUACCAUAAUGACAAAUUUACUAUUUGCAAUUCAUAAUGUGCCAAUACUUUGUCCUUAUACAUUUAUACUUUUUUCAAUCAUUUAUAAAUAAUUAUGUAUUAUAAAAUAAAGAAUCAGAUACAUA